GAUCAGCAAUCCAUUGUUCUCCUUCCCUCCACCUCCUCCUCCUUCUCUUCUCCUCAUGGAUGUCGCUGCUGUUCGAUUACGAUCGUCGUUUCACGGCGAGGUUCAUGUCAUUAUCGGUCCGAUGUUUGCCGGGAAGACCACUGCCCUCCUCCGCCGCAUCCAAUCCGAACGCGACAAUGGAAGAAGUGUUGUAAUGGUGAAGUCAAGUAAGGACUCUAGGUAUGGUUUGGAUUGUGUUGUGACACAUGAUGGUAAAAAGAUGCCUUGUUUUGCUGUGCCAAACCUCUCAACUUUUCGUGCUCAGAUAGGACAUGAGGCCUACAAUAAGUUUGAUGUAAUAGGAAUAGAUGAAGGCCAGUUCUUCGAAGACCUUUAUGACUUCUGCUGUGAAGCAGCUGAUAUAGAUAAGAAGACCAUUAUCAUUGCAGGCCUGGAUGGUGACUAUAUGAGGAGAAGCUUUGGUUCAGUGCUUGAUGUUAUUCCUCUUGCUGAUACCGUAACCAAGUUAACAGCACGCUGUGAACUCUGCGGCCGACGUGCAUUCUUUACCUUCAGAAAGACGGCCGAAACUCAAACUGAACUCAUUGGUGGUGCUGAUGUUUAUAUGCCUGUUUGUAGGCAGCAUUAUGUUAACGGCCAGCCUGUUACUGAUUCUGCAAGAAGUGCCUCAGAAUGUACAAUGAAUUAGUGUUAUGUAUUUUCUGGUCAUAUAUGUCUUUAUAGUUGUUUUAAUUGGAUGAAUUGGCAACUUAUUACUGAGACUGUACUAAUUGUCUCUCAAAAUAUCAAAAAAACUGUGACAAUUUCUUCAGCUUUGGAUUUGUCUGGUUGUAUUUUAAUUUGAAUCAGUUAUGUGUA